AUGGUGCGUUCCAAACGACAGAAGACUGGGAAUCAAUAUGCAGAUGACAACAUUCCCCAUUAUGGACCUGAUUCUUCACUUUUCACAAUGGAGAAUCAUCAGGUUAAUGGUGAUGUCUCAGUUGAUAAAGGGAAAAAGGUAGCAUUAGAGUGUAAUGAAUCAGACAGGGAACACCAACCUGACUGUGAAUCUAAUGACUAUGAUAUGUUUGUUGACAGUGAUUAUGAAAGUGAGUAUGAUGACAUGUUGUAUCAUAGUUAUGUUGAUAAUGAAGUUGAAUGGACUGGAAACCAAGUUGAAGUAAGCCAAACUGGGGGAAGCCAAGCUGCUGUGAGCCAAUAUGAUGUGAGCCAAGCUAGAGGGAGUCAAGCUGCGGUGAACCAAACUGUUGUUAGCCAAGGUGGAGGGAACCAAGCUAUUGUGAAAGGAAGCUCUUGCUUUGAAUAG